AUGGUUUCAGUCAUCCCGCCCCAGCCACGUCUGUCUGGUGAUUUGCCUUACCUCACGAGUGCUUUUGGUGAGAGAUUAAGAUAUUGCAUCUCCGGCCGGAUCGGACGGCACGGACGGCACAGCCGACAAACAACCCCGCGAGCGGGGCAUAAUCAUAUAUGUGAAGGAUUCCGCCGCAUCCAUUCUUCCGGCCAGGGUAGUAUCCAGCCCAUGGCUACAGUUCCGUCUCUGAAGCGACGCCGUGUUGCACAUGCUUGCGACAGUUGCCGCAGUCUGAAAGCUAAGUGCGAUGGAAACCAACCGACGUGCGGACGCUGCGCGGGCUAUGGUUAUUCGUGUCGCUGGAGUGAGGGUAGCAUUCGAAAGUGUGCCUCCGACGGCAAUGGUGCGAAUCUGAAUUGGCUCUCUCUGGAGACUGAGGGCCAAAAAUUAAGAGACGCUAUUGCCGUUUACGACAGCUUGCUGAAGGACCUCCGCAAAAACCUCUCUCAGGAUGAUUGCAAAACUGUCGACUUGCGGCUUGCAUCAAUUCAACUUCCAGACUAUUUUACAAAGCAUCUUGGAAAUGAUGCUGCAAGUGUCGAACCGUCGCCGGGGCAGGCUGUUGCCAAUGAUCGCCACCCAGCGACCUUUGGUCGGUACCUGGGCGAGGCGAGUGACAUUCGCUUCUUCCAUGCCAUGCAAUCGGCCUGUUCCCAGCAAACCCAGUCAGGCCAGCAAGAGGACGAUUCAGAGGCGCGAGUUGAUAGUUAUGAACAAGAAGGUGCUCAUCAGCAACUCUUGGACCAGAACCAAGGGUCGCUACCGCCCAAGGGGAGUGCGGACAGUUUUGUCGAUAUAUACUUCUCUACAAUUCACAUCGCCUAUCCCUUCAUCUCUGAACCGGAUUUCAGGCGAACAUACGAAUCAUUUUGGCAAUCGGAUUCACUGGAGGGUUUCCGCGGCCCAUGGCUAUCUUUGUUGCUAACCAUUUUCGCCAUCGGUUCCUGUUAUGUGAGGAUUGCCGAGGCCGAAAGUGAAGCUUCCAAUCCUCAGAUGUCUUAUCAGCAUCACCGUCAUUUCGAUCGCGCGGUCGCUAUUGCACAGAACUACAGCUCUAAGCAUACAGUGGACCAUAUUUGCGCUCUGCUUGCUCAAUGCUUUUAUCUUCUGGCCACUUGCCAGACCGAUCGAUGUUGGACAACGCUGGGCCUGGCCGUCAGAAUUGCCCAAAGCAUCGGUCUCCACGUUGAAGAAGAUCAUCGCGCGGGUGGCGAAAAUGCUCUGGCGCCACCAGAAAUGUGUCGUCGAGUUUGGUAUUCCAUAUAUGUGCUGGAUCGCCUCCUGGCAUUGCAAUUGGGACGUCCACCCGCCAUCAGCGAGGAAGAUUUUGAUGUUAAACUACCGUCUCGACAGUCGGACGUCGACUUGUCGAAUCAAAGAGGUCAGCAUGAUGUUCAAGGGACAGAUUGGGUAGGGGACUACUUUAUUGCAAUGAUAAAGUUUUCAGAAAUAAUUGGCAGAGUCUUCGGGAGUCUUUACGGACCAAGAAGAGCAGGGGAUGCCGCUUUGAUCUUGUCACACAUCGAUCGUCUAGACGUCGACUUGUCACAAUGGCGGUUCAACUUGCCGCGACACCUGAGGUUCGACCUGUCUCAUACUUUUGAAAAGUCCAUCAUUUAUAAAAGACAGCGAAAUAUGCUUGCAGUAAAAUUCUACAACCUGCAAGCGCUGAUUCACCGGCCCCUAUUAUCACCCGCCAAAAUAUUUGGAUCAUGUCCCGACCCUAUGGCGUUUUAUCGAGCAGAAUGCGGUCGCAUCUCAAUGUCGAAAAGAAAGUGUGUUGUUGCUGCACAACACACUGCGAAGCUACUCCAUAACCUGGACGACAAGAAGAGUCUGGUUUAUGGCUUUCCUUGGUGGCAGAUGAUAUCAUGUCUUAUUUGUGCCAGUUCAAUCCUUCUUGUUGCAAGCAUUUGCGUGGAUCUGGAUUUGGACAAGGAAGCCUUCAAAGACAUAGACUGGGCUGCUGUGGAUGAAGAUGCCGAAGUUUGCCUCAAGGUCUGUCAAGCCCUUAGCUCUAAUUCAAAUGCAGCAAGGCUGGCGAGCGACAUGAUGAAAAGGCUCAAGAAAACAAGAACGCUGUCCCAAGGGAGGACAAUGAACUGUCUUGGAGUUGGGGCCACCCCUGCAGCCGAGAAUGGAGCCGACACUAUAACAGAUAUACUACCAUCCAGUGAUCUCUUCCAUGCUACGAUGCCGUCACAGUUUGACUCUGUUGACCCAAGCCAAGAGUCUUUCAACCUUAUGUUUCAGACAAUGCCUUAUGAGGUCUCAGAGCCGGUAAUGUGGUCGGCACAAUUCGUGAAUGCAGUGUAUAAUCCCUUCCUGCAUCAUUCGGCCACAUAA